AUGGCAACUACAAACGGAGCCGGACCGAAAGACUCUCUCCACGACGCGAGCCUCUUCAUGACCCAGCUCCUAGUCCAGCAGCAGCAAUACUACUGCUUGCAAUUCCUCGACCACUUCAGAAUUCUCGAUGCCGUGCCCCUGAACCCUAGAAGUGCCCCGUACGAUAUAGUCGCCGCGCAGACCGGCGUGCCGGAGCCGCGGCUCAGGGCCGUCGCCAGGAUGGUCAUGACGACCGGCUUCCUCGCCGAGACCCCCGACGGAAGCAGCCUGCAUCACAGCGCUCUCUCCGCUACCUUUGUAGAGAACGAGCACAUGCGAAUUCAACUGCGUCAUCUGGUCGAGAAGACGGUUCCGCUGAUGGGCGCCUUCACCAGGGCGACGGAGCUCUGGGGUGACACCAAGGCGCCGAACCAGACGGCGUACAACCUCGCUUUCGAAACGAGCCUGCCCUUCUUCGAGCAUCUCAAAUCUCGACCAGACCUCAGCGAUGAAUUUGACUCGUACAUGAAGAGCCAGGCCGUGGCGCACUCAGGAGCCAGGGUUGAUCACGUCCUUCACGGGUUCGACUGGGCUGCACUGAAAGCCGAGGCCGUAGUCGUUGAUAUCGGAGGCGGCGCCGGCGCCGCAGCCAAAACCCUAGCCACGGCACACCCCGACCUCCGCGUCGUUGUGCAAGACCUCGCGGGGCCCAUCCGCAACGCACGCGAGCAACUCGCUCUUCUUCCGCAGGAAAUUGCUGCGCGCAUCAGCCUUCAGCAGCACGACAUCGUCGACGCGCAGCUAGUCCGUGGCGCGGAUGUCUAUUUCCUCCGGACCAUCAUCCACGACUGGCCUGAUGCCGAGUCCAUCACGAUCCUGCGGCGUCUCGUGGCAGCCAUGAAACCUGAAAGUCGCAUCGUCAUCAUGGACAUGGUCUUACCUGCUCCAGGCGCCGGCUCGUCCCUGUUCGAGGCGGCGCUGCGACAGAAAGACUUGGCCAUGACGCAGACUUUCAACGCGAGGGAGAGGGAGGUGUCUGAGUGGGAGGGCCUCAUUACGGCUGUAGACGAUCGUGUGGCUAUUCUUGAAAUUCGGCGGCCGGAGGGUUCUCAGCAUUCUGUCAUUGAGGUGGGAUUCCGUAAGAGCGGUUGA